UGUGUUCUUGUGCAGAGACACAGCAAGGGACCGAACCAAACUCAAAGAGAUGGGUAUUAACCACAUCUUAAAUGCUGCAGCAGUUAAGAAGAAGCUGAGGGUCCUGAUGGGAAUGCCAACAGAGAAAGACCUGAAAGGAAAGAUAAAUACAGGGGCGAAAUAUUACAGAGGCAUGAACAUCAAAUUUUGUGGCUCGGCCACAACACACAGAGACGGUUUCAACAUGGGCAUGUACUUCUUACCAGCUGCCAAAUUCAUUCACAAGGCCCUGAGGAACCCAGAAAAUAAGGUGUUAAUUCACUGCAGUCAUGGUGUCAGCCAGUCCCCUACAUGUUUGCUGGCAUAUCUGAUGAUCCACCAUGACAUGAUGGUGGACGAAGCCAUUGAUCACGUCAUAAAGAUGCGACACAUCAAGCCCUCCAUAAGCUUCCUGACGCAGCUGAUGUCCCUUAAUGCCGAACAUGUGGAGCAGCGAAAACAACAGCUACAGGGCAACCAGGCAGCAAAGUGCCGCUAAAAACAUAGAGCACGGACUAUUUAAUAAUUACUAACUCUUAAACU